UGCGGCGGCGUGCGACGGAACGGGAGGGCGGCGCGGAUGGAUCCAACAUGGCGGCGCCGAGCCUGAGCCGAGAGAAGAGACCUGGGAAAUUAAGUUUCUUGCAAAGCGGAGCGGGGCUCGCGGCCGCCGAGCGGGGCCUCCGGACGGCGCCGCGCACCUGAGCCCCGGGCAUGGCGGGGCUGAAGCGGCGGGCCGGCCACGUGUGGCCCGAGGAGCGCGGCGAGCAGGAGCACGGGCUCUACAGCCUGCACCGCAUGUUCGACAUCGUGGGCGCCCACCUGACGCACAGGGAUGUGCGCGUCCUCUCUUUCCUCUUUGUUGAUGUCAUUGAUGACCACGAGCGCGGCCUCAUCCGAAACGGACGCGACUUCUUACUGGCGUUGGAGCGCCAGGGCCGCUGCGACGAGAGUAACUUCCGCCAGGUGCUGCAGCUGCUGCGGAUCAUCACCCGCCAUGACCUGCUGCCCUACGUCACCCUCAAGAGGAGACGGGCUGUGUGCCCCGAUCUUGUAGACAAGUAUCUGGAGGAGACGUCGAUUCGCUAUGUGACCCCCCGAGCCCUCAGUGAUCCAGAACCGAGGCCUCCCCAGUCCCCUAAAACAGUGCCUCCCCACUACCCUGUGGUGUGCUGCCCCAGUGCGGGCCCUCAGAUGUGUAGCAAGCGGCCAGCUCGAGGGAGAGCCACGCUUGGGAGCCAGCGAAAACGCCGGAAGUCAGUAACGCCAGAUCCCAAGGAAAAGCAGACAUGUGACAUCAGGCUGCGGGUUCGGGCCGAAUACUGCCAGCACGAGACCGCUCUGCAAGGCAACGUCUUCUCUAACAAGCAGGACCCGCUGGAGCGGCAGUUUGAGCGCUUUAACCAGGCCAACACCAUCCUCAAGUCCCGGGACCUGGGUUCCAUCAUCUGUGACAUCAAGUUCUCCGAGCUCACCUACCUCGACGCAUUCUGGCGCGACUACAUCAACGGCUCGCUCCUCGAGGCGCUCAAAGGUGUCUUUAUCACAGACUCCCUCAAGCAGGCUGUGGGCCACGAAGCCAUCAAGCUGCUGGUGAACGUGGAUGAGGAGGACUACGAGCUGGGCCGGCAGAAACUCCUGAGGAACUUGAUGCUGCAGGCACUGCCCUGACCCUUCCCCUCUCGCCUCUUGGGGGACGGAUCCCACCGCCCACCUCUGGAGCUUACACACUGUUCUGGGGUUUGUUCUCUACCCUUCCGACCAAUCACACCCCUGCCUUUUUUUUUUUUUUAAAGGAAAA